UGCCCAACAAGAAAUGUUGGCAAAACACCCCCUCCUCAUCGUGCAGGGGGAAAAAUGGCGGACAGGCGCUAAAUCCACAUCAGAAACAAACACACACGUUACAAAGCGAGGUAAACAUCCUCGGGAACACCGGGAAACACCUCCUUUUAUGUUCGCCUUCAGCGUUGAGCCGAGGUCACCGCUAGGCAACGUCACUGUGCUGGGAGCCGGUCGCUUUAACUUGGACGCCAUCCCCCUUGGCGGAGGAAAAAGGCGCAAUUCUAUUGAACAGGGAACUCAUCCGGGAGAGGAGAGACGCUGCUAAACGGUUAUGAAGUUUUAAGGUAGUGGAGGCCACUGUUGUGUUAUUAGUCGGUCAGAAUUGUGGGAGCAUGAGGAAACCGGUGCCUCAGAAAGCUAUAGAGUGGAAAGAUGCCCGGAGGAUCAAGCAUGCCCGGAGUGGACGGCCCUCCCGGGUGCCUUCACAGUACCAAGGGCAUUUCAGUUGGGAGAAAUACUUGAAAGAGACUGGUGCUAUUGCUGCCCCUGCUUCAUGUUUCAGACAGAGCCUCACACCUCCAGUUAAUGAGUUCAAGGCGGGCAUGAAGCUGGAGGCGCAGGACCCACGGAACACCACGUCCACCUGCAUCGCCACAGUGGUGGGCCUGACAGGCUCCCGGCUGCGGCUGCGCUUGGAUGGGUCUGACAAUAAGAACGACUUCUGGCGCCUGGUGGAUUCCUCAGAGAUCCAGCCUAUUGGUAACUGUGAAAAGAACGGAGGCAUGCUGCAGCCACCACUCGGUUUCCGUCUGAAUGCAUCCUCCUGGCCCAUGUUCCUUCUGAAAACACUAAAUGGUGCUGAGAUGGCUCCUUUUCGCAUCUUUCACAAGCAGGAGCCUCCCGCACCAGAGCAGAACUCGUUCCAGGUGGGCAUGAAGCUGGAGGCCGUGGACCGGAAAAAUCCCCACUUCAUCUGCCCUGCCACAGUAGGCGCUCUGCGUGGCGUCGAGGUGCUGGUCACCUUUGACGGCUGGCGGGGAGCCUUUGAUUACUACUGCCGCUAUGACUCGCGUGACAUCUUCCCCGUCGGCUGGUGCUCCCUCACCGGAGACAACCUUCAGCCGCCCGGCACCAAAGUGGUGUUGCCCAAGAGCCUUGGAGCACUGACAGACGGAAGUGUGGAGAGUCCAGCCAUGCAUCCCACCCCCGCGGUGGGCAGACCUCCUGGUCAGAGAGGACGUAAGCCAGGACGCAGGAAAACCAAAGUGACGGGGGCCUGGAGUCAGAAGGGCUCAGCACUGGGACCACAGAGCAUCCAAACCGGCAAAGUCCUGGAGCCCAUUAAGAUCCCCAAGAAGCGAGGACCUAAGCCUGGCAGUAAGCUGGGCUGGGCAAAGAGAGCUGGCUGGUUGGACGAAGCCAUGCCUGGCCCAGGACGGCCCGUAACUGGCCCAGGACGGCCGGUGGCUGGCCCAGGACGAACCAGGGGCAGACUGCCUGCCAACUGGGCACAAAGGAUAGGUCUGCAGCAGGCCCAGACUCAGGCAGAACCUAUCAAGAUCCCAAAGAAAAGAGGGCCCAAGCCUGGCAGCAAGAGAAAACCACGAGUGGUACCUAAUCCAGUCCCCACGUCUCCCACCAGCAGCACCCCAGAGCCUGACACCAGCACUGUACCCCUGGACAACGCCACCAUCCCCAACUCUGCACUACAGGCUCCCACAGUUUGUGUGUACCUAAACAAGUACGGCAAGGUGGGACCCCAUAUGGACCAGAGACGUAUCCAGCUGCUUCCAGACCACUUUGGGCCUGGUCGAGCCUCUUCUGUGCUUCAGCAGUGUGUCCAGGCUUGUGUGGACUCUGCUUAUAACCAAGGCACAGUCUUUUCCUGCCUCAAGUCUGGACAAGGAGGUGAAGUCAUUUCAGCCCAUUUUGACAAGCAGCAGCACACCCUGACCCUGCCCACAGUCAGCAGUGUCACUUACGUCCUCCGGUUCCUGGAAAAACUCUGCCACAACCUUCACUGCGAUCCUCUGUUUGGCAGCCAGCCUGUAGCCAGAGGAGGUCUUCACUACGAUAGUCACACUUACACUACAGAGAGAAGAAGUUUUGGAGACAACCUGACAACAGGUCCAGGCCGAGGCACCAAGCGCUUUCUUCAGAAGUUCAACAGUCCCUUGUCUCAGAAGCUGGCAAAGAUCCACCGACUCUCCACUGAUGGUGAUUCCUUCUUGGAGAACAGUGUUGCGGUGUCAGAGCACUUAAAGAAGAGUCCUCUCCCCCCAAACUCUAUAGGACUAACAUCUGGCAUGAGGUCUCCCUCCAAGCUGCUGCAGCGUGACAACUCUACAGGCAGUUUCAGGGAGAGCCCAAGGCCCAGCGCUCAGGACCCCAACCUGUGGACUGUAGAGGAAGUUAUGCAGUAUAUCAGAGACAUCGACCCGGUGCUGGCCCCACAUGCUGAUCUUUUCCGAAAACAUGAGAUUGAUGGCAAAGCACUCCUGUUGCUGCGCAGCGACAUGAUGAUGAAAUACAUGGGUUUGAAGCUUGGCCCUGCCCUCAAACUCACCUUCCACAUCGAUAAGCUCAAACGGGCUUGAGGACGUCAGCCAGCUAGACGUAAGCUUCCAAAGGACUCAACUCCAGCCCCACCGCCCUGUUCUGGGAUCAGUAUAUCGUGCACUUCAUAAUGAACAUAUACUGACCAUUUACAAGUAGCAGCUUCCAUCAGACCACCAUAUCUGAUAUCCAUACCCCUGUCCUGACCUCAUCCAAUGAGGAAUGCUUAUUUUGUGUAGCACAAUCCAGCCUUAAGGCAGCAUGGGAUACGUAGGCUCACCCAAUUGUCCAUCAGGCCAUUUGCAUUUCAGUAUAACUUGAAGUUUCAUAUGUGGCCAUUUAACUGUAAGAGUCUUUGUGGCCUGCUUUUAUUAUGUUACAUUUAAUCUGUACAUGUCAUGUUUUGUACUUUUUCAAGGUUUUGUGCUGGAAUAUGCUAAAAGAAAAAAAAAAAAACACUACAUUCAUCCCAAUAGUUGGGAGUUCCUCCGAUUAGUCUCGGUUUGAGGCAUGUUUUUGCAACUACAUAAAGUUAAUCAUAGUUAGAAAAACAUGUUUUAUGAAAGAAAAAAAAACUUUAUUCUGAAAAUACUGCCAUGAGGAAAUCUGUUUUUUCUCUCAUUCUGGAUGUUGUUUACAAUGCCUUGUCUUGUCUUUGUUAUUUGUACUUUUUCAAUUUUUUAUACUAUAUUAUUAGAAUUCCUACGUGGAGAAACCCUAUCAUACUUAACAUUGUUCAAUAAAUAAUAUAAUAGUU